AUGGGACAUCAAUGCUUCAAUUGCAUGAAGUUCCAUCUGUGCUAUUUCAUUUUUCUUGCUACUUUUGCGCUCCACUUGGACUGGGGCUCUUCUGCUACCAACGAAACGGACAAACUGUCAUUGCUUGCAUUUAGAGUUGCAAUAACCGAGGAUCCGUUCGGGGUGCUGCGCUCAUGGAAUGACACUGUCCACUUCUGCAAGUGGUAUGGUGUCGCAUGUAGUCUCCGGCGCCAACGAGUCACUGGGCUGGACCUUCAAUCCAAGAGCCUCUCGGGGUCCAUCUCUCCACACAUUGGAAACUUGAGUUUCCUUAGGGAAUUGAAACUCUGGAUCAAUAAUUUUGGUGGUGAAAUCCCUACACAAGCAGGGCAGUUAGGCAGGCUACGUAUCUUUUUUGUUGAGAAUAAUUCUUUGGCGGGUGAAAUCCCGAAGAAUCUGUCGAGUUGCUCCAGCCUUACAUUACUUGGGUUGACCGGCAACCAACUUACUGGACGAAUUCCCAUCGAGCUUGGUUUGCUGUCGAAGCUUCAGCUCCUCCUGUGGAAGUAUUCCCGAAGCUCUAGGAAAUUUGAUCAGCAUAAGAGGAUUGCUUUGGGAGCGAAUUUGUUGUCCAGUUCAAUUCCUCGUACGAUCCUGAAUUGCUCGUCCCUGGCGUUGUUGGACGUGCCUGUAAAUCAACUGCAAGGAAGUCUCCCAGCAGACAUAGGCUUCACACUUCCCAACCUCGAAUUUUUCGGGACAUCCCUUAACCAGUUCACCGGACCAAUUCCUCCCUCGAUAUCUAAUGCCACAAAUCUAGUAGAGCUCGAAACUGUCUUGAACAAUCUUUCAGGGGGCGUGCCUUCUUUGGAAAAUCUGCACAAGCUUAAGAGGUUUUUUGUUUCCGCCAAUCAUCUUGGAAGUGGACUCCACGACCUAAGCUUCCUUUGCUCUUUGAGAAAUGCCACUGGGUUGGAAAAGUUGAGGAUAGACGACAACAGUUUCGGUGGGAUUAUGCCCGAUUGCCUCAGUAAUUUUUCGACGACCCUCACUGAGUUGAAUACAGGCGGGAAUCCUACUUUUGGGGAGAUGCCUAGAGAGAUUGGAAACCUGGUGAAUUUGAGAAGACUAUUUAUGCAUUCCAACGGGCUUUCCGGUGGCGUCCCCUCCAAUAUAGGGAACCUUCGAAAUCUAGUUGAGCUGAGAUUGGACAAUAACAAACUUUCUGGGGUAAUCCCAUCCUCUCUUGGAAAUCUAGAGAAGUUGCUUAAAUUAGGUCUUAGUGGGAAUAGCUUUGAGGGAACCAUCCCUUCAAAUCUAUCCAAGUGCCAACAAUUAAUAGGCCUCGAUCUUUCUGAUAACAACCUGAGUGGUACAAUACCUCCAGAGGUUAUAGGUCUCUCAUCAUUGUCGUAUAUUCUGAACUUGUCUCAGAACCACUUGACUGGAGUCCUUCCAUUUGAAGUGGGGAAUUUAAAACUUUUGGCUUACUUGGAUGUCUCUGGUAAUGUGUUGCGUGACGAAAUUCCAGCCAGCCUAGGCAAGUGUGAAGGAUUGUUAGUUUUGAAAAUGCAGGAUAACUUCUUUCACGGUUCCAUUCCCCAUUCUAUUAGUUCAUUAAGAAGCAUCGAGGAACUAGAUCUUUCGCAUAACAACUUAUCGGGUGAAAUUCCUAAAUUCUUGGAGGCGUUCGACUUCCUGAGAAUUUUGAAUUUGUCUUAUAAUGAUUUUGAAGGGAUGCUACCAAUGGAAGGAAUCUUUAAGAACAUGAGCGCCACUUUUGUGAUCGGAAAUGACAAGCUCUGUGGAGGAAUGCUUGAAUUUCAGCUCCCUAAAUGUUCUUUUGGUGCUUCCCAAACAAAGAAGUUUGUCCGUAAAUUGCAACUCGCCAUCUUUAUUUUUCUUGGGUUUCUUGGCGUAGCUCUUGUUCUAGCUUCUCUGUAUCUUUAUCGGCUGAAAAGGAAGAGGAAGGAAUCAGUUUCCACUUCAAAUUUGGAUGUCUUAUAG